AUGAACGCAGCCACCAAAGCCCGAAGAAGCCCCUUUAGCGAGAGCAGAGAGAAGGCUACAAAGCCACUGGUGAGCAUCUUGGAGCCUGAAGCCGCCGGCUGCCAGCCCUGUCCCCAGGGUGGGCGGGCCCUGAAACAGCUCAGGGCUCAGGCAGCCCAGGCCCUGCUGGGAAGCCUCAUCGGGGUGUCGCUGAGUGUCAAGGCCCCCACUCCACCCCUGUGGUUUAUCUGUUUCAGAAAGAUCCUGUACAAUCAGGGACAAAAAGUUCAGAACCAGAGACCUGCUUGCUGUUUGCUAAAAGGUCAGAAUAGCAAGUCGUGGAGGGCAGCCGAGGUGAACUCCCGGGCCAGGUGGCAGGCCAGGACAGCAUCUGCAGGGGACAAAUUCUCUCCCAGAACGACCCUGAGGACUGUGAGUGUUGCUGUGUGCGUCUGUGCUGUGUCCCCUUUCAUUGCUGAGCGGUGUUCCUUUGUUUGGAUACCCCACUGUCUGCUUCUUCACUCAUCAGGAUAUCUCAGCCCUUCCAAGCACCGCGCCCCUGGCUCUCAGAUGCUCAGAAUCGCCACUGCUGUCCUUGCUUGGUGUCGGCCCAUCUCUGCACUCUUCCUUUCCCAGUUGCCGGCACACUCUCCAGUGUUCUCACGGCCCCUCUCGUUCUAGGAGGGGGCCUUCCAACUCAGGACUCAUCUGGAUCAGGUGAGAAAAACUCCACAGCAACAACGGGAUUCAGAGGUGGGCUAGCUGGGUCCCGCCUCUCCUCAGGACCCAAGAAGUAUAGGAGUGCGUAAUAAUCCCACCGGACAGCGCUCAGCACCACGUGAUGUUUAAAUGCCUCAUUCUAACCUGUGCCAGAAAAAGGAAUUAGGCUGCAAGUGACCCCGCGCCCAGGGCAGCCGCUAAACCAUUCAGCUUCCCUCCUUCUUCCCCCACUGCCCCUGGCCUGGAUACUGGUACCAGCCUCCCCCUGGGCUCCUGGGCUCCAGUCUCAUCCCUCUCCAGUCUGUCUUUGGCACAUCUGUGACCAUAUCUCACCAUUUAUAACAACCCCUUUAUGGAGCCAGUCUGAGUCCUCAGCCAUUGAAUGAGUCUGAGUCCUCAGCCUGGCAUUCAAGGUCCUUGAUGGUCUGACCCCAACUAGACAUCCCAGCUUCAUCUCCCACCAGCACCGCCCAUGCGCCCUCCGACCCAGAGACACCUAUCUCCAAACACACCCGGCCUUUCACACUUUGGGCCUCUGUGCUGCUGUUUCAUCCCCUCCCUUGGGCCAUUCAUCCCAUUAAUGACUCAUUCCACACUGACUACUAAUCCACUGUGAGAGGCCCUGGAUACUCUGAGAUGGAAGAACACAGAUCUGUUCGCUGCUCUAAUGACCCCUCCAGUCUGGGCUGGGGGAUAGAAGUGACU